AUGGCGUUCGAUGAAUAUCUUCGAGCCCGCAGCUCGUCCAGAGACGACGCCAACAGCUACGACACAGACGAAUACCAACGCGGCCGACAGCGCAUUGACCUGAAACUCAAAGGCACCUUUGAGCGCAUUUUUGAGAAAUAUGCCAGGGACUUUACCGGAGUGGGCGAUGAAAUCGACAUGGAAACUGGCGAGGUCGUCGUCGACAACGGCCACCUGACAUACAUGCAACACGAGCGAGAUACUGGCAAAAGUGCUUCAUCCCGCUUUGUACGAGCCUUUGCCGAUGAGUUGGAGGUCGAGGAUGGCCAAGACAACAAUGAUGAUGACGACGACGGUUUACACCAAGAGCCCGAAGAAGAGGAGGACGAGCUCCAUCAAGUCCCUGACGACGAUGAGGAUGAACUCCAACACGAGCCUCGACGACAAGAGGAGAGUCAAGAGGAGGACGAAUACGGACCAGAAGAGGGGGACGUCAGUGAUGACGAGGAUGGCGACUACGAGGACGCGGCAGUUGAGGCUGGCGACGAGCAGUCAGGCGAUGAGUCCGACGAUCUGGCCCACGAACCAGACCAUUUCGCUCUCGAUCCUCGACUUGCUCAGCCUGAUGCUAGGGUUAGCUCAGAACAGCAAUACCACAGUACAUCCGUCAUUCCAUCUACCGAAGUCAGCCACUCUCUGCCUCACAUCUCCAUCGUCGACUCGUUGAACCAGCUCGUCCCACAUCAGGAUGCCCAUGGAAGAAUCGACCCCGAAGCCAUCCAACAGCUGGGUCAGAAUAUUGCCAAUCAGAUUGCUCAAUUCCUCAUGCAUGCCACCUCCAUCAACAAACAGCCUUACUUCCCCAAUGAGCCUCAGACUAUCUGGUCUGCCCCGCCUUUGCCUCAAGAUGCUUUCGAUCCGCCCUCCUUCUUUGACCGUCAACGCGCCGCAAUUACUCCAGCCCCCACCGAGCUCCCCUCAGUCUGGGAUUCUCCUUCUGGCGGCCAGUCAUUAUGGGCACCAACCGCUUCGCGACCCAAGAAGCGUCGUAGGCUUCUCAAGCAUACCGAAACCUCAUUCGAUCUUGAUCCCGCUUUGACUGACAACGCUGACUUCUCAGACGCACCUUCGUCAAGGAACCGCUACUCCAAAGAAGAAGACGAUUUGAUCAAGCGCUUGAAGGAGAUCAAUGGCUUGACCUGGCAAGAGAUCACCGCACGCUUGCCUGGCAGAACCACCGGUGGUCUCUCAGGCCGUUAUACUCGCGCUUUGAAGGAUUUGCCCAGGCCUGUCAUGAUCAAACGUGAGAUCAUCGAGAUCAUGGACGGUGAUGAUGACGAACUAUCGACUCCAGGCCCUUCGCAUACGGCCAAUCCAGCCGGAAUGUCGCCUUUCAGUACUCCGCUCCUGCGUCGUGCUAUGGACAAGCAGAUUGCCCGCCACGGAGACAGCGGUGAAAUCCCGAUUACAAUAGGGGAUGAAGAUGAUACAGAUUCGCGUGNNACUCUUCUGCACCACCACCGGAUAAGUCUAGGAAAAGAAGAAAAACGCAAAGGAAAAGACCCUUUACGUGCGAUAGUAGGCUAUCGCACUUUUGACACUUCAAUCCCGGCUGGAAACUUCGGCAUUCUGUGCACCGACAGUCCAGCGCCGUAUACCGCGGAGGAGCACAAUUUGAAUUUCUAUGGACCCACCAGUGGAUUUGGCGUGCUGAGAAUGUCCAAGUCACAAACAGAGCAGAAACGACCGAAGAAGAUAGAUCCGCCUCGUGAAGGACUGAGAAACACUACUACGAGAUUUACUCAUUCAGCACCUCAUCUGCGUGGCAAUUUGGCAAAUACGCCAAACAGUACUGUCAACUUGUUUGCACGCGCUGAGCAGUAUCUGAAAGCUAAGGGUCUUUCUGCUGCUAGUCUGGCUACAUCGCAGCUUCGUGCCAUGUCAUCGCUACAAGCAAAUCGAUAUUCGAACCAUAGUACCGCAAGGAUGAGUAACGCUGGCGGACCCGUUACAACGAUGCCUCCUCCGUCUGUCAGACCUCGUACAGAGCCUGUCCUAGAAGGAAGCUCGCCACUGCCAGNNCCCAUCCACCUCCCCCCUUACAGCGCCGACCCACCAUCUCGAGCAAGCACACCUCAUCGUAUACACACACCUCUUACACGUCGUACCGAGCCUAUGCUGGUUGAUACAGAGAAUGAUGGCGAUGUUAGUGACUCGUCAAUGGAUACCCCAACGACAGCGAAACGCUACGCCGAUGCACCAGACACGACAACCACGGCCAACGGCCCAUAUUUCCUCUCCAAUCUGCCGCCUCCCCCAAGCCCCUUGGUCUCUGCGCCACAGGCACAAUUGCGUUCGCCAUCUUCCUCGCCACUCUCCUCGCCCCCGCCUUUACCAUCGCCAACUUCGUCUCAGACAUCCUCUGUUGAAGGCCAAAGACGCAGCACAAGGAGCUCUACCCAUCAAGCGACCAAGAAUUCUCUGCUGCCGCCUGGACCUGGCGAAGUCGCAAGAAUGAAAUUGCCUGAUCCGACUCGAUCUCUCCGUAAGNAGGACAUCGACUCCAUCCGCGGCUCUCAGAAAGAACGCAAGUACAUCGACCCCAUCUGCAUCCCUUAG